CAAACAUCACAUCACAGCUGACUGAGCGAGCAAGCGCUAAAUAUUCAAUUUCAAAAACAAACUAGGAAAAACUACAAAAAUACCUAUUUAACAAAGUGGUUUUCACAGAUAUACCUACUUAACUGGAAAAAUGACUCAUUCAUCUGGUUCGUCUGGGAACCUCAAAAAUGGUAUUAUUGAUUUUACUGCUGGAUCUUUGGGAGGAGUAGCAGUUGUGUAUGUUGGUCAGCCAUUAGAUACAGUUAAAGUGAAAAUGCAAACAUUUCCACAUUUGUAUAAGGGAAUGUAUCACUGCCUUAAACAAACUUUAAGAAAUGAUGGGGUUAUAAGAGGCUUAUAUGCUGGCACCACUCCAGCGAUUAUGGCCAAUGUUGCUGAGAACUCAGUUCUUUUUGCAGCCUAUGGAUACUGUCAGAAAUUUGUUUGUAGUGUUACUGGAACAGAGAAUAUCGAGCAACUGUCAGCAUUGGGCAAUGCAUCAGCAGGUUUUCUGGCUGCAUUCUUUUCCUCAUUUACACUUUGCCCGACUGAACUUAUCAAAUGCCAACUGCAAGCUAUGCGGGAGGUCAAUGUGCAAACUUCACAAACAGCUGUUAAAGUGACUCCCCUACAGUUGACGCAACAGAUUUUUAGGCAAUAUGGGAUACAAGGUCUAUUUAGAGGACUUGUCCCGACAAUCAUGAGAGAAAUGCCAGGAUACUUUUUCUUUUUUGGUGGUUAUGAAGGUACAAGAGAACUACUCAAAAAACCCGGACAAAAGAAAGAAGAUAUUGGCUUCGUAAAGACCAUGAUAGCUGGAGCCGUUGGUGGACUAGUCCUUUGGACUGUUAUAUUUCCUACUGACGUCAUCAAAUCUCGAGUACAAAUUUCUAACAAGAGCCAAAAGUUUUUAACUGUGGGAUAUGAAAUAAUAAAAAAUGAAGGUGCCUUAGCUCUUUACAAUGGUUUAAAACCUACAUUAGUGAGAACUAUACCAGCUACUGCGGCUCUUUUCGUAGUCUACGAAUAUUCCAAGAAGUUCAUGCACCAAUCAUUUGGAGAUUGACAUUCUUCUGAUAUUGCAAAAUAAGUAGUGCUGAAUUUAUACAUUUUUAUACUUUAUUUAAUUGACCUGUACAAACUGUAAAAUUGAUUAUUAUUAUAUUUCUAAUCUAAGACUAUUAAAAAGUUAUCGCUGAAGCGAAAUGUUGAA